AAGAAAUAACAUUAAAAUGCGCUUGGCUACAUUUUAUCAAAUAAUUGCGGUUUUAAUAAUUUCAAAAAUAAAUGGAAUCUAUACUAGUGGUAAAAUGUAUACCACAGCAACUAAUAAACAGUACUUUAUAAAUCCAGAUCAAAAGUAUACUUGGUUCGAUGGUCUUAGUGAAUGUUUAAAAAUGAACAUGACUUUGGUCUCAAUUGAAACACAACCGAAAUCGGAGGAAAUAAAUACUCUAGUAAAAAGUAUUUUUAAAAAAAAUAUUAUUCUCUGGGUUGGAGGGAUUUUAACCCAUUACCCCGAUUCACGCAACUAUAUAUGGAUAAAUACAGGAGAAAAAUUCACUUAUACAUUUUGGAAAUAUCUAAAUCCAGAUUUUUCUCUCAACAAUGAGUAUUGUAUACAAAUCGGUUCCGCCUCAGAUAUGGAAUGGAAUGAUAAUGUAUGUGCAGUUAAAUACGGUUUCAUAUGUGAAUAUGACGAAAAAAGCCUAAGGGCUGAACAAUAUAAAUUAGAAAUGGAAAGAAAUCUCCAGAAAUGUCAACAAGAUUUAAAGGAACAGAUUAUCCUUAAAGAUACUCAUAAAAUGGUGUCUGAAGAACUAAAAAAUUUACGGGAUCUGCAGAAACAUCAACUAGAAUUGGGGGAACAAUUGCAGAAGGAAACUAGAAAAUUAUAUGAAGCUUUGCAAAAACAACAAGAAUGGCAGAAUUUUAUUGCAAAACAAUUACAAACCCUAGAACCGGAGGAAAAUCAAGAAAAUGAAAAUAAAAAUCGAAAAUAUCGGGACAUUAGUUUUCAAUUUAAUCAAAAUACUUAUCAAUUGUCGAAUGGACAAUUUCGGGAAAAUAGCAAUAAUUAAAGAAAAGAAAAAAUCUGAAGUAUAUAUUUUCAUAGUAUCAAAUUGUAAAUCAUUUUGUGAAGUAGUUCAACAUUUUUUUCUUGGACCAGCACUCAGGGGAUGACUCAUACGCAUGCAGUGCUUUGUGCUGGAACUGGGAAAAUGAGUUGUGAAAGGGAGGAGGUAGAUGUAGUAGUAUUUGUGGUCAUUUAAUUUAAAUCGUUUCACAUCGAAAAUAACGGGGAAUGCUUCUGUAGGAAGUUCGUUGCACAUACGAGUAGUGCGGCUGAAGAAUGAAUUUCCCCAUUAUAGUAUCGGUAGAACAGUGUUAUACAUCCCAUGUUGCAUCGGUGCUCCAGAGAAUCAAUAUAAUUUUAGCCUAUUGUCACCGAUAAGUGUUUUCGAGCUCUCUUGUACGAGGUCGAGUAGCUCCAAAAUAGAUUUCCAAGCUCCGGCCUUUUUUCGACACUUAAAAAAUGU